AUGUUUUCAAGUGAGCAGGAUAAAAUAAAACAUUGCAGGCUUUCUGUGCUGAAUCGCCGCUAUCGAAAGCAAUUAUUGGCUGCCAUAACAGUUCAAUUUAUAGCAUUUGUUCAUGGCAUAGCAGUUGGUUGGACCUCGCCGACGCUGCGCCACCUGCAGUCCGACAAUUCACCCACAAAUUUCGUUGUAUCAGUUGAGCAGGUCUCCUGGAUCGGUUCACUAUUCGGUUUAGGCUCACUCACUGGGAAUAUCGUAUUUGGUUUCCUAUUAAAUAGAAUUGGACGAAAAUGGUGCAUGUACUUAAUAGUUAUGCCAAAUAUGACCGCUUGGAUUUUAAUAUUUUUCUCUAAAUCAUACAUUUAUCUGUAUGUGGCCAGAUUUCUAACAGGAACGACUGGUGGUGGAAUGUUUGUAGUUGUGCCGAUUUUUAUUAGUGAAAUUUCUGAUGCAAGUAUACAUGGAGCUUUAUCAUCGAUGGCAAUGUUGUUUUUAAGUUUUGGCAUAAUGCUGGGCUUUAUAUUUUCCUCACAUCUGGAUUAUUAUCUAAAUCCCUGUCUUAUUAUUAUAUUUCCCAUCAUCUAUUUGGUAGCUGUAACACAAUUUCCGGAAACACCACAAUAUUUACUAAGAAAACAACAAAUAGAUAAAGCUCGUGAAGCUUUUAAGUUUUACAAGAAUAUAAAAAAGCUCGAGAACAUUGAAGCAACAUCGGAUGAACAACAGCAGUUAAAUGCAAAUGCUGAAUUUGAGCAACUUGAACACAAUUUAAUAUCAAUUAAUAGUAAAUCGGAGAAAUUAACAUUACAAGACUUUGUCAAUUGUAAUUCCCUUAAAGCAUUUUUCACCGCCUUUAUGCUGAUGGCAUUAAAUCAACUUUCUGGUAGUUUUGCUUUCCUCAACUACAUGUCGGAAAUAUUUGCUCAAGCCGGUACAGUUAUGCAUCCCAAUACCUGCACCAUUAUUAUGGGUGUAGCUCAGAUAACGGGUACUUUUAUCAGCGUGAUAUUGGUGGAUCAUUAUGGUCGAAAGCUGUUAAUGUUGGUGUCAUCGAGUGGCAUGGCUGUGGGUCUUAUAGGCUUUGGACUUUAUAUACAAUAUACCUCUGUAGAAUUGAAAUUGUCAUUUAGUUGGUUGCCCUUAGUUAUCAUGACAUUCAUUAUUUUAAUUGCCAGCGUAGGCGUGACAUGUCUGGUAUUUACUAUUAUAGUAGAAACUUUACCCACCAAGAUACGUGCCCCCGCCACCACUAUAUGCAUGGCCUCUAUGAGUUCAAUGGUUUUUGUUUCCCUGAAAAUAUUUCCAAUUUUAUUGAAAAGUUAUGGCUUAGCCACUGUUUUAUAUUGCUGCGGCAGUGUCUGCAUUUUAGGUUGGUUCUAUCUCUUGCAGUUUUUAAUGGAAACUAAAGGAAAAUCCAUGCAUAAUAUUAAAAUGGAACUUAAUCGCCAGCGGAAGAGUGAUAAUGAUGCCGCCGUUAGAUAA